CAGAUAUCCCGCAACAACCAACCAACGGACAGCAAAACAAAGUAGAAAAAAAAACCCAAUGUUUCGCAGACCCCUUACCCUCCUCCACCGCUUACCCCAGCGCCUCCCACGCAUCGCCACCCCCCCGCUCACCAGAACCAUAAUAACAAAGACUACCCCUCUCCGCCCGUCUACCAUCUCCUUCACCCCAGCUGGCCUGGCCACCCCCGUCCCUACCUCGACGGGGGUGGGAUUGGCCGUGACGGCACCGUUGAUGCUAAAGAUAAGUUCAAACCCCGGGCUCGUGGGGCUGCAGGUGCGCUGUGGGCCGCGGGAUACCUAUAAUCCGAGCCAUCGAGUGCGGAAGAGGCGGUUGGGCUUUUUGGCGAGGAAGCGGACGCCCGGUGGACGGGGGGUACUGAGAAGGAGGAGGUUGAAGGGGAGGAAGAGUUUGACGCAUUAGGGGGAGUGGGGGGAGUUGGUAUUGGUGUAUGAACGGAUGGAUGGAGAUAAAUGUUUUAUGCAAUAUACAUAGCUACUUUAUUUUUCACA